AUGGGCUUGACUGGCGCAGUGCAAGCCCGGAGGGCUUUGGUGAAGUUGCUCGUCACGGCUGCUGCGGCGUACUCGGUUGUGGUUCGCCUCCACAGGGACUCCCAGGACAGCGAGGUGAUCGCAGCCUUUCGAAAGGUGCUCCGCAAGGCGCACCCGGACAAGGGCGGGGCAGACGAGCACGCGAAGCAGCUGAACGCCGCGAAGGAGCGUUGGGACCAGGCCAAGAAACCGAGGGGCCGCCCGAAGCGCGCAGAGCAGCCCGAGGCGCCUGCAGGGGCGGCCGCUGCUGACGGCGCGCCUGGCGAAACCUUCCAGGAUCUGAUCGUCCGGGAGGUCUCCAAGAAAGCCUACCGCAUCCAGUCCGCGGGCGUGCUGCUCACGUAUUUCGGGGUGCAGGGCCUGCCGCAGUGGCGGCAGUUUCUGGCGCACAUCGUGAACCGGGGCGACCUCGUGAAGGCCGUGAAGUCGGUGAACCCGAAGAGGAAGAAGGGCCCGUGGUCCGUCCUCUGCGACAGCGAGUCUUUCUUGCGGGCGAAGGUCAGCAACGCCGCGGCGAAGGCGGCGGGGGUUAAGCCGUGGAAGAUGCCAGCAAAGUCCCCUGACUUGAACCCCGCAGAGCGGUGCUGGUCUUGGCUGCGUCGGAAGCUGCGGCCCAUGGACUUGGACGACGCCGCGAAGAAGCGGCCCGUGCCGGGGAAGACGGCGUACAGGGCGCGGGUUCGGAGCGUCGCGAAGAGCAAGAAGGCGCAGUCCGCGGGGGCGGCGCAGGCGAAGCUGAUGAAGCGCGUCUGCAGGGAAGUGGCGCGCAAGAAGGGCGCGGCCACGGGCUUCUGA